AGAAUGGAAACCGACUCCCUCUACCUCCUGCUGCAGUUCCCCAAGGGGGUGAGCCCGCCGGUGGAGCAGGAGCUCCUCCUGCAAGGAGAAAAGAAGAAAUUCCUGCCCCCCACUUCCCGGGAGGACCCCAAAUUUGAAGAAUUGCAAAAGACCCUGAUGGAGUGGAUCAACGCCGAGCUCCUGCCCGAGCACAUUGUGGUCCGGAGCCUGGAGGAGGACAUGUUCGAUGGGCUCAUCCUGCACCACCUUUUCCAGAAGCUGGCAGGGGCCAAGCUGGACGUGGAGGAGAUCGCCUUGACUGCUGUCAGCCAGAGGCGCAAGCUCGAGGCCGUCCUGGAGGCCGCCAACCGCAGCCUGAAGGGGGACGAGCAGCCGCUCAAGUGGAGCGUGGACGACAUCUUCGGCAAAGACCUGCUGGCCACCUUGCACCUCCUCGUGGCUCUGGCCAAGCGCUUCCGGCCCAACCUGCCCCUCCCCAGCAACGUGCAGGUGGAGGUGAUCACCCUGGAGAGCACCAAGAACGGCCUGAAGUCGGAGAAGUCAGUGGAACAGCUCACCGAGUGCAGCACGGACAAGGACCAACCUUCAAGAGACCCCUUUGAUGAAUUAUUCCAGCUGCAUCCGGAGAAAGUGAAGGUCGUGAAAGAGGCCAUCGUGACCUUCAUCAACCAGAAGAUGGAGCACCUGGGCCUGUCCGUGCAGGAUCUGGACACGCAGCUGGCAGACGGCGUCAUCUUACUGCUGCUGAUCGGACAACUGGAGGGCUUCUUCCUGCACUUGAAGGAAUUCUACCUCACGCCCAGCUCCCCUGCGGAAAUGCUACACAACGUCUCCCUGGCCCUGGAGCUGCUAAAGGACGAGGGCCUGCUUGACUACCCCGUCAGCCCUGAAGACAUUGUCAACAAGGACUCCAAGAGCACGCUGCGCAUCCUCUACAGCCUGUUCCGCAAGCACAAGCUGAAAGACACCGCGGACAGGGUGCCCCGUGGACCCUCACAUUAGCCGACUGCCCCCAAAGCCGCUUCUCCGCGGCCUCUCCGGGCCAGCUGCCGCCCCCGCC